UUGUGUGCUCUCCCCCGUGGUUAGUUAGCACCAUGAGCCUCGCUUUUGGUCUUGGUAAUGCAGGGAGACCAGAGGUGUCAGCAUCAUGGUUAAUUCUGGUGUGGGUGAUGUCCGGCGUCCUCACCGUGGAUACACUUACCUUCGCAGAGCGCUAUGAUGUUUGGAGCAAAGAUUUGCUUCCAGGCUUUGUGAUUCAAACGCGCUUCCUCGAGGGUCGACGCUGCUUCUGCAAAGUGCCAAAGGCUUUCAGCGAGACAACUACAACCACUACACUCCGCCCAACUACCACCGUGACACCUAUGCUUACAAGAUCUACAACUACAGUGCCAACAACUACUACAAGCACAACCACUGUUACUACAAGCACAACCAAUAUUACAACUACGGCAACGAGUACAACUUCUACUUCUAAAACUACUUCUACAUCUUCUUCUACAUCUACAACUACUUCAUCAUCUACAUCUACAACUACUUCGACAUCUUCAUCAACAAGUACAACAACGUCUACAUCUACAACUACCUCGACGAGUACUACAACAUCUACAUCUACAUCUACAUCUACCUCAUCAAGUUCUACAUCUACAUCUACAACUUCCUCUACUUCUACUUCAACAUCUUCCUCUACAUCUACUUCAACAUCUUCCUCUACAUCUACCUCAUCAAGUAGUACAACAUCUACAUCUACAACUUCAACAACUACUUCGAGUACAUCGACAUCUACAACCACUACAACAUCUACUUCUACAUCCACAUCUACAACUACUUCAACAUCUACAUCUACAUCUACCUCAACAUCUACAUCUACAUCUACUUCAACAUCUACAUCUACUUCAACAUCUACAUCUACUUCAACAUCUACAUCUACAUCUACCUCAACAUCGACAACAACAGAGCAGCAGUUAUCAGAUCCCUGUGCUUCCUGCAACAAAACGAUCGUCAUUAGUUACGAAAACUACGCAAGCAACGGAACACUGUACACAAGUUCCUGGACGUCUCCGAACUACCCUUUGAACUACCCUGAUGACUGUGUCUGCAGAUUGGUCGUCCUGCUUGAAGCAAAGGGGAUAGUGGGAAUACAAUUUGAAGAUGGGGACAGCAUACACCCUACAAACAAUUGCCAGACCGACUACCUAGAUUUGGCCGGCGACGUCUGGGAGAAAAAACGAAUUUGCGACCGUGAAAUGGGGAAAGUAACGACAAGUUUCGCGAAAACUUCCACGGGUCCCGCAAAGAAGUUCAUUGGUACAUUUGUGACUUCUUGUGCGGAUGGCUGCACUACGGCAAAGGGAUUCAGACUGGAACUAUUAAUUACUGUAUUUUGAUGCAUUGGGGAACAGCCACUCUAUAACAGUGAAGAGGAAGGAUUUUCAACGACCAUGUCAUGUCAAGCCAUAAUAUAACUAAAUAUUACCGAUAUUUAGUAUAAUCUAGUAACAAUUAUUUAUCUUUAUUUUGCGUGCAACAAUAUUUAUGUUUACCUUUAGUAUGCCAGUUAUGUAUUUCAAGAAUUUCAGCAAUAAAGUAUUACUUCAACAUAUA